AUGGGCGGUCUACGGCGCUUCCUCCCCAGCAACAACGACAGCGACGACGGCGAGGCGGUCGACGGGUACGCCAACGACGAGUUUCGCAUGUUCGAGUUCAAGGUCCGCCGCUGCAUGCGCGGGCGCAGCCACGACUGGACCGAGUGCCCCUUCGCGCACCCGGGGGAGAAGGCGCGGCGGCGCGACCCGCGGAGGUACCACUACAGCGGAACCGCGUGCCCAGACUUCCGCAAGGGGACGUGUCGGCGCGGCGACGCGUGCGAGUACGCGCACGGGGUGUUCGAGUGCUGGUUACACCCGUCGCGCUAUCGCACGCAGCCGUGCAAGGACGGGCGCAACUGCAAGCGCCGGGUCUGCUUCUUCGCGCACACGCCCGCGCAGCUGCGCCUCAUGCCCUCCGCGGCGGCGGCUGCCGCCGCCGCUGCUGCCGCCGCUGCGGCAGCCCCCUUGGGGGACGGUUCCGCAGGGGACGGCUCCGCCGCGUUUGGCGGAGGUUCUGGCGAUACCCACUAG